UCCCACAUGAACAGAGUCUUCGUCCACACAUAGUUUGUUUGGGUCUGGUGUCACUACCUGUUUGUGUCAUUUUGUGGUGUGGAUGCCGUGAACUGAUCUGUGUGAGCAUCUGGUAGAUCGGGUGAGCCUUUGAUCUCGUUUCUCAGCUGCUUAAACAGGAUUAAACUCAGUCCACAGCACUCACAGGAAAAGUGUCCACAGUCACAGGACGCCAUGGAGCUGAGUGGACGUCCACUGCUUCUCAGCUUGAUGCUGGUCGGACCCAUGUUCCAGCUGGUCCUGGCCCAGGUCCGACACCCUCUGCCUGUUCUCUGGAUGAUGCCUGUCAGUCCAGGAUCAGGGAUAGAAAACAUGACAGCCUCUGUGAUCCCAGCUGUUAAACUGGCUCUGCAGGACCUGAAGGAACAACCACCACCUUUGGGGAACUACGAAAUCCAGCUCCAACUGCUGGACUCACAGUGUGAUGCUCCUCGUGGACUCAGAGCCCUGUUCGAUGCCAUGUGGGCGGGGCCAAAGUACCUGAUGCUGUUUGGAGGAGUCUGUCAAUCCGUGACAACGCUCAUCAGUCGAUCCCUGGUAGCCCUGAACCUGGUCCAGGUGUCUUUUGCCGCCUCUGCUCCUAAUCUUUCUAACAGGAAGUUGUACAGUAACCUGUUCAGUACAGUGCCUUCAGACCGGGCUCUGAACCAGGCCUCUGUGAAGCUGCUGCAGAAAUACAGGUGGACCAGAGUUGGCAUCCUGACCCAGGAGAGACUGAGACCUUCAGAGAUGCAGAAGGAUCUGCUCCGACAGCUGGUGAAGGCUAAUAUUCACGUGGUUUCUGCAGAAAGGUUUUCAGAUGAUGCCUGCAGCAAAAUGAAGAAACUAAAGGAAAGUGAUGCCCGGAUAUUUAUUGGACAAUUUGAAGAGGAUUCUGUCUCAGAGGUUUUCUGCUGUGCAUACAGGCUGAACCUGUUCGGGUCUCGAUAUCAGUGGAUCAUCUCAGGAGGAGGAGCCAUCGACUGGACGCUGGGCUGGCGGGUCUCUGGUUGUACAGCCAACAGUUUGGUUAUGGCUGCAGACGGAUCCAUCAGACUGCAGAUCAGACCUUUGAGCAACACCAACAAACUGGGCAUCUCUGGACGGACUCCUCAGGAAUACGAGGAGGCCUACCUCAGGCAGCUUGUCCAUGAAGGGUCAAAGGUCAGCCCCCUCCAUGGCUUUGCCUAUGACGCCAUCUGGGUCGCUGCCAAAGCUCUGAGUCAUGUGAUGGAGACGGUAAAACAACAGGAAAAAUACAGCAUCCGUAGAAACAUGAGCGUAAGCGAAGAGAAUGUUGCAAAGAGGCUCCUGGAGGCCCUGAGGCACACACAGUUUGAAGGAGUAACGGGUCCAGUGUUCUUUCGGAAUGGGGAGAGAAUGAGCACCAUUGAGUUGAUCCAGUUUCAAGGUAGUGGUGGAGUGUUGGUGGGUGAGUUCAAUACCAGCACCCAGCAACUAAAACUGACGAACAACCUGCUCAAGUUUAAAGGUUCAGGACCAGCCAGAGACCAGACCGAGGUCCGUCUGGAGCAUCGAUAUGUCAGCCUCCUGGUGUACACCACUGUGUCUUCAGCUGCUGCUGUGAUCAUCUUCCUCACUCUGAGCGUCAUCUGUUUCAACGUCAUCAUGUAUAAACACUGGUACGACUGCAGAUGAACCUGACAGACCUGACAGAGCUCACACACUCACUCUGUUUGUGUUGUUUCUGUUGUUGCUGUCAUAUCAAGUGGUGGGUUCCAGGAUGAGCUGCUCCUGCUGGGUCUACUCCUCUGCUCCUCCUCAGUCCUGAUCUCUGGUCUGGAUGAAGCCUUGCUUUCAGACUGGACCUUUGACCUCCUCUGCUCUGUGCGUCUGUGGAUUCUGUCGGUUGGACAUACUGUGGCAUUCGCUGUUCUGUUCACUAAGACAUGGAGGCUUUAUUUACUGGGACUCAUGAACCAGAAGCAGCAGACUGGUCUUCAGAGAUCUGGCUGUGUCCUCCUCUGGAUCCUCCUGUUGGAUGUGUUUGUUUUAACCUCCUGGCAGAUCCUGGACCCUCUCAGAUGGGUGGUGAUGCAACACAACGCUCAGAGUGACGACUCUGACCAGGACUUGAUCAUCCAGCCCUUCUCCAAACAGUGCAGCAGCAGAAACAUGGAACUGUGGCUAACAGCUGUGUGCGGAUACAAAGGCCCCCUCCUGGGUCUGGGGUGUUUUGUGGCCUGGAGUGUCAGAUCUGGACUUUCUGAUGACAUGUUGGUCUCCAGUAAACAGCUGACCUUCAGUAUGUCUGCUCUAACACUGUUCAGUCUGUCAGGACUGUCAGCGGCUAUGACGACAUCCCAUAAUCCACCUCUUCAGUUCUGUCUCAUCAGUUCUCUCAUCCUCAGCUGUAACCUCCUCCUCCUGGUGUCUCUGUUUGGUCCAAAGUGUUUGUUCAUGUGGUCAGACAGAGAUGAGCUUCAGGUUCAGGUUCAGCCGCCGUUGAAGGUGCAGCAUAAAAAUGCAGACCUGCUUAGGUUAAACCAGCACCUGAAGACCAGAGCCAUUCAGUUGAACGUCGAAAUUGAAACCAUCUCCAUGCAGCUGUGUGAGAUGUCAAAGCUGGAUCAAAACCGUCAGCUCUCAACAGAUGAUGCAAACUACGCUUUGGUCCAAUCUGAGAUCAGAUCAGGGAUGUGGACUCAUGUGGUUCAGGUCUGUGCUUCAAACAGAGACUCAGAGAGGAGGCCUUCAAGUCCAGAGCCAGAUCCAGACUACAUCAACUGUCCUGAAAGUGUCCACCGCCGUCUCUCGGUUCAGCUGCCGAUCCUCCAUCACUCGUAUCUCCCCCUCGUUGGUGGCGUCACUUCCAGCAGUUCAGACCUGUUCAGCAGGGAAGACGCCUUUAUUUACUGUGACACUGACUCAAACCUGCAGAGACGACACUGCUGAGCCAAUCAGACCACAGGUUUAACACAAGGAAACAGUUAAAAAGACUGAUGGAUGGAUGGAUGGAUGGAUGGAUGGAUGGAUGGAUGGAUGGAUGGAAUGAUUAAAAUUGCCAGCUAUGAACAACUGAUUUUUUAAGAUCAAUAACAGACAGGAGAAAUUUUUUAAAAAUUGUGGCUCCUUCUUAGAUGAAGUGCGGAAUAGAUCAUGGAGUGGAUCCGACUGCAGUCUUGGGUAUUCCAAUAAUAACUUAAGGCACAGGUGUCAAACAUGCGGCCCGGGGGCCAA